AUGUUACCUUAUAUUAAUAACCAAGAUGCUUAUGAUAUAAUAGCAUCAAAUAACUAUUGGGAUGACAUUCAUUAUGGUGAAGUGACAUAUACCAAUUAUGUACCGAAUCCUAUUCCCGCAGUAACAGAAUGUCGGUCUUAUGGAACUUGGAUUGAUACAGCAGUCAUCAAUGCAACUUACUAUUUAGGAAAAUUAAUUAUUUACUAA